GCGAGAUUUUUGUCUUCUUCAGUUGCAAUUUGAACGUUUUACUGUUAACAAGUGUUUCAAAGGAAGCUGCUUUCAGAGGAUUUUUGUGAAAAAAAUUUGGGAAAGAUGAGCGAUAAACCGCCGCCAAUGAUGUCAGGACGUGCCCGUGGACGUGGACGAGAGCUGCCACCGGGAAUCCCCGGACCAAGUCGUUCACGUGACGACAGCCGUGACCGCUAUGAUCCAUCACGCGGUGCUGGGGGUGGUGUUGUAGCACAGCGUGGUCCCUACACCGAUCCGGCGUACACAGUGAGACCCGGUGGACCAGGACACCAGCCCAUACGUCCAGGUGUUCCGCAUCAAUCACUCACAGCGGGACGAGCAACCAGUCACAGUGGGGCAUCGAGUUCCAAACAACCCGUGGCUGGUGAUGGAGCACGUGGGAGUGAUAUAUCACGUGGAGCACGUCGGGGGAAUCGUGCCAUUUCGGAUGUAAUUGUAACGCGCCCAUUGACGCUGAAUACGAAGAAGGGCUCAAGUGGUGACGUAAUUACCAUCGUUGCCAACUACUUCCGUGUCCUGCGGAGUCCAAAUUGGACCAUCUACAAGUAUCGUGUGGAUUUUGCGCCAGAUGUGGAGAUCUUGGGCCAACGGAAGGGUAUCAUGCGACGUCAGAUAGAACGUCUGGGUGCCUUCCAGUUUGACGGAACGAUGAUAUUUUCGCCGUUUAAGUACCAAAAUGACCCAAUGGUGCUUGUGGAUAGAAAUGAGCGCGAUGAAACUGUUCAGAUUACAAUACGUCUCGUGGGGGAACUCAUGCCGACGGAUGGGACCUAUAUGCAUCUCUUGAAUCUCAUUAUGCGCAACACCAUUGAGAGUCUCAACAUGCAACGUGCCUAUGGGCCAAAGGGCACCAAGUAUUUUGAUCCAAGGCAGAAGAUUGAUAUUCGUGAACAUAAUCUUCAAGUCUGGCCGGGUUUUGCGACGUCCAUUCGCCAACAUGAGAGGGAUAUUAUGAUUUGCACUGAGGUCACUCACAAAGUGAUCCGUAUGGAGAGUUGCUAUCAAGUCAUGGCUCAAUCAGGCAGGGAUGAGGACAGUAUUAAGAGGAAUUUGAUUGGCCAAAGGGUUGUGACGGAGUACAACAACCUGACGUACCGCAUUGACGAUGUGGACUUCUCACUGAGUCCUUGUUCGGAAUUUGAAAAGAAAUCUGGCGAGAAGAUCUCCUUCAUUCAGUACUUCCGUGAUCGCUACAACGUUACCAUUCGCGAUACGCGCCAACCGAUGCUGGUGUCACGCGCUAAGGCGCGAGAUAUUAAAGCAGGACGUCCGGAAAUUGUGAAUUUGGUUCCGGAAUUGUGUCGCCUUACGGGUUUGACGGAUCAGCAACGGAAUGAUUUCCGAUUGAUGCGUGAUAUGGCACAGCAUACGCGUAUUGGACCGGAUAUGCGUAUUAGGCGUUUUCUCGAUCUAAAUCGUCGCAUUCAGAAUGAGCAAAAGGCCAAGGAGAUGAUGGGCAAGUGGGAGAUGUCCCUCGAUCGGCAACUUGUGGAAUUUCCCGGACGUGUACUGCCACGGGAGGAAAUUAAGUUUGGCGGUGAUUGCUAUGAAUCACCGAAUAAUGAUGCCGAUUGGACGUUUACAUUGAGGAAGAAUCGCUUGUUUGAGGUGGAUCGUGUGACUAAUUGGCAUGUGAUAUGCACCGAGAGGGAUUAUUCCAUUGCAAUGAAAUUCCUGUCGAUACUCACGAGUACAGCUGGGCGGAUGGGCUUCCAAUUGGGACGUCCAACGGUGUACCGUAUUCCCGAUGAUCGUGCUACAUCCUAUGUGAAUUCCAUUGAGAGGGCGUGCAAUGAUUCCACGCAGAUCAUCUUGUGCGUCGUGCCAAAUCAACGAGGUGAUCGAUAUUCGGCCAUUAAGAAGAAGUCUCUCGUGGAUCGGGCUGUGCCGACACAGGUGAUGUGGACGAAGGUGAUGUCGAAUGAUCGGAUAAUUGGUGGUGUGGCCGGGAAGGUGGCCAUACAGAUGAAUUGCAAGCUGGGCAAUGCUCCGUGGACGGUGAGGGUGCCCCUGAAGAAUGUCAUGACGUGUGGCUUUGAUGUAACAUUCGAUGCAAAUGAUAAAUCACGCACAGUUGGUGCAUUUGUGGCAACGAUGGACAUCAAGGAAUGCAAUACGUACUACAGUGCAAUUUCGCAGCACAAAUACGGCGAGGAGAUAAGCAAUUUCCUCGUUGUGAAUGUCUUCAAGGCCCUCAAGCAGUACGAGCAGAUCCACAAGCAACCACCAGCGAGGAUUUUCUUCUAUCGCGACGGUGUGGGUGAGGGUGAUAUUGACCACGUGCUGAGCAUUGAGGUGAACAAGUUGAAGGAGAAGCUGAAAACCGCCUAUGGGGAUCAUGCCCCAAAGUUGACCUACAUCAUUGUCACAAAGAGGAUCAAUACGCGCCUCUUUAGGAAGAUGAGUUCCACUUCAGUGCAGAAUCCACCGCCGGGAACUGUUGUGGAUGACGUCAUUACCCUUCCGGAACGCUAUGACUUCUUCCUUGUGUCCCAGGCAACGCGUCAGGGCACCAUCUCGCCAACAAGCUACAACGUGAUCUCCGACGAAUCAGGCCUACCACCGGAUAAGAUACAAAUUUGGACAUUCAAAAUGACGCAUCUCUACUACAACUGGAGUGGGAAUGUGAAGGUUCCGGCUGUGUGUCAGUACGCACAGAAGUUGGCCUUCCUCGUUGGGCAGCACAUUCAUCAGGAGCCGAAUCAUCUGCUCGAGAAGCAGCUGUACUUCCUCUAAGAAGUUUAGAAGAUUUGCCAGAUUUAUCGCCUUUACGAAGUUAUCUUUUUUUUCAACUACGUCGUACUCCUAUGCUACGACUUUCUUUAUUUCCAUUUAAUUGAAUUUAAACUCCUUUUUCUCAUUCAUUUAAUUUGAUUUUCUCAACGCAAAGAAUGCGUUUUUCUUUUAUUUCAAUGACAUUUCUUAUUUUUUUGACGAAAAAUUGAUGAAUUUAAUGCGAUUUAUAGAUUUGAAUUGUUAAAAAAUAUAAAACUUAGAAAUUGUAGGAAAUUCAUACAAAUUGACACACUCUGUUUCAAAAGGAUUUUGAUGAUUAAAAAAUCUGUUUCUCGAAAA